AGCUCGUGACGUAAUGCGCUGACAGCCGCCCGCAUCCAGACAGCUCGCGCACCGUCAGCUAGUGCGGAUCUGUUUUGCAUUUGUUUUUUUUGUUUGUUUGUUUUAUUUUGGUUUCUUUUUGUUGUUGUUGUUAACAGUUUUGUUAGCGUUGUCGUUCAUUAUCCGAUAGUAUCUAGACUGACAUGAAAUGAAUUCGGACAUUUUGUGCUAAAUCAGCUACCUGCCUGUGGUGUUCCGGCUAGCGAGGUGCCGCAAAUGUCAAUGACGCUGAAGUCAAAGGACACCAGCGGCUUGCCGGUCAGACACGGAAAUUGCCGUUAAAAGAAAUAGGCACUAAAUAAUUAAUUCAUAUUUUCGACCAUUUUGAUUUGUUUACUGCCGGAAUUUGACCAAACUAAGUGUUUUUCGGCUUUGACGCAUAGAGAGUGUCUAUCAGCGAAUCAGCUACCAGCAGGAAGCAAAGUGUCACUAAUAAAAGGGUCCAAUAUGAAACUGAAGGAUGCCAAAAAGACCUCUUUCCCAUGGUUCGGAAUGGACAUUGGGGGUACCUUGGUGAAGCUGGUCUACUUUGAGCCAGUGGAUGUGACAGCAGAAGAGGAGCAAGAGGAAGUGGAGUGUCUGAAGAGCAUCCGCAAAUACUUAACAUCCAACGUCGCUUACGGCUCGACGGGCAUUCGUGACACCCACCUGGAGCUGAAAGGGCUGACAGUACAUGGCCGCCGUGGGAACUUGCACUUCAUCCGUUUCCCUACUCAUGACUUGCCAACCUUCAUUCAGAUGGGCCGAGACAAGAACUUCUCCACCCUGCAUACCGUGCUCUGUGCCACUGGUGGGGGUGCCUACAAGUUUGAGGAGGAAUUCCGCACGAUUGGAAACUUGCAGCUGCACAAGCUAGAUGAGCUCGACUGUUUGGUAAAAGGGUUGCUGUAUAUCGACUCCCCAAGCUUCAAUGGUCAAGCAGAGUGCUAUUAUUUUGAGAAUGCCCUGGACCCAGAGAGAUGCCGAAAGAUGCCUUACAACCUGCAAGACCCCUACCCAUUGCUAGUGGUCAACAUUGGUUCAGGGGUCAGCAUACUGGCUGUCUACUCGAAAGACAACUAUAAGCGUGUGGCUGGCACUAGCCUUGGGGGUGGGACCUUCCUGGGCUUGUGUGGCCUUCUGACAGGCUGUGAAAGUUUUGACGAAGCCCUAGAGCUGGCAUCCAAGGGAGACAGCACACAUGCAGACAAACUAGUGCGUGACAUCUAUGGUGGGGAUUAUGAGCGCUUUGACUUACCAGGAUGGGCAGUUGCUUCUAGUUUUGGCAACAUGAUUUACAAAGAGAAACGAGAAGCUGUCACAAAGGAGGACUUAGCCAGAGCCACCUUAGUUACCAUCACCAAUAACAUCGGCUGGAUUGCGAAGAUGAGUGCGGUAAAUGAGAAAAUCAAUCGGGUGGUGUUUGUGGGCAAUUUUCUACGUGUCAACACAUUAUCCAUGAAGCUUUUGGCUUAUGCACUGGAUUACUGGUCACAAAGCCAAACAAAGGCACUUUUCCUUGAGCAUGAGGGCUAUUUUGGGGCAGUCGGUGCCCUUCUCGGGUUACUGAAUUUUACCUAGAGCCGCUACUUCGAUCCCACAUGCUGAUGAUGCCAGUCUUCGUCGUCAGUUUCGUUUAGCUACCAAUCCUGUACCUCAGAGGCUUUAAACUAAAUCAAGGUGAAGAAACGAAGGUGGUCCAAGUGGAAAAGGGUGUAAUUACGUAAUAUAUAAAGUCACAUUUGAAGACCAUUCCUGCUAUCACUCACUGUCUGAACACAACCUCUUCUUGGAUUGUUAUUCUGACCAUUUUUUCCACAUAAUUGCAUUAAAACAAGUGGAUUUUGCUUGUAAUUGGUAAGCUGCAAACAUAAAAUUAUAUUUUAUUUUUUAAAUUCAAAAAUUGUAUAAAAUGAUCAAUAUUUCAUGGACUUGAGUACAUAUUAUCUCUUUAUUUUUUGCCUUAUUCUUUGGGAAGGGUGCACUUGACGGGGGAAUUGAACAGUAUAAUUUAUUUUCCCUCAGAGAAAACAAAGAAUGUUGUGUUCUACACUUGAAUGAUGACAAAUGUGCAUUUUGUAGCAAUUUUUUUGCAUUACCUAUUCGAAAUUUUCUAUUGUACCUGUAAUUGUCAGUUUGUGGGGAAUUAAACCAAGCCUAAGACUCUUUUUUUUAAGGAUUAAAAAGUUUGGCUUUAACCAAAACUACCAGAAUUUUACCAGUUUUUAAAAAAUACUUCUGAAUGUGAGUACACUGAUUACAUAAAUAAAAAGUAACUAUAUUAAAGUGUACUAUAUGCUACUAUUGAGCUUAACAUAUAGGACAUGCAAGACUGUAGUAAAACCAAUGAGAACGAUUUUUUUUUUUUUUUUUGCACUUAAUAUAAAGUUUUGAUUGGCAGUGUCCACUAACAAACUGUAUAGGUGUACUUACCUCUUUCUCAUAAAUAUAAACAUACGGUAUCAUGGCAGGCUGAAAAAGGUUGGGUAAAUUGAAACAGCUUUUAAAUUAUAAUGUCUGUGCUUUUUUGAGAAGCGGUUGUAUCUUUCUUAAUCGCAUAGCUGCUGUUGUAUAAUUUGAAAUAAGAGCUGAAAUUGUACAAAUGUGAAUGGUGGUGUUUCUGUUCAGCGGUGCCUUAAUUUCACCUGCUUUACACACAUCACACAUUGCCAAUCCAACCUUUGCCGAACAUACAUAAUGCCUACCUCAUGUAAACUCAUACUAAUCCAGUUUCAGUAUUCCUGUAGGAUAAGGAUGAGUGCACUACUGUAUUUCCAUGAACAUGUGCAAUUCAGUUUGUGGAAUCACUGUACUGUGAGCAGAUGAGAAACCAUACUGUGGCAUUUGUUAUUUAAAUGUAUUAAUAUUUAAAGCUGGCGCUCGUUUUGGUUGUCAGUAUCAGAUUUUUGCUGUUUGCAUCAUCGUGUUUGUCAGAUGUGUGGACAGAACUGGUACAUUCUGUGUUUAACAAUGGUCCAUUGGUUUCCUUAUGCUCUUUGUUAACAGUACUGUACCUUACCUCAUUCCUCUGUCAGCUGUGAUGUAGUGACUCUAUAAAUUGUAAUUUCUCCAUCUCAUCUCACACGUCUUAAUGGGGCACAAAACCUACCAAAAAGAAGCAUAACAGAUAUGUUUUAAAUGUCUUGAAUGAGAACUUCAGUUAAAAUUAAUCUGGUAAUGUAUCUUUUUUUGUUUUUCAGUUUUCAUUUAAAUAACUGCCUUGUUUCAGCCUAUUUGCAUUCUGCUUCCUCUGUUUAAUCUGCUUGAUUGUGGGAGGGUUUAAAUUAUAAUAAGGCUAGGGAAAAAAACAUAGCUUACAAAAGUAAAAGUACAAAGUAACAUCAUGUAAUAUCCACUUUUCCUCUCCUAUCCUGUGUAGCUUUGAUUAAGUUUUGUAUUACUUUAUAUGGGUGAUAUUUUGAACUUUUUUUUUUUUUAACUUGGGUGAUAUUCAAAAUACCAUGAGGGGAAAAAGAAUACUGAGAAUAAUCAGUGUAGGCCUAAUGGAUUAUAUAUUGGUUACUUACAAUAUAUACAUCUUAAAGCCAUAAUGACUGUGUAAACUUGAUUGGAUGCCUUUAGUACCUAGAGAUCCUCCAAUAGAUUCAGUCUCAGCAGUUAAAAUGAUGUUAAUGCAAGUGAUCCUUAAUUUUAACUAUUAUGUAGAUAAAGCUAAAUUAUUCAUAUCUUUUAGAUUGUGUACCCAAAUUCUGUUUUUAGGCUCAGAAGUCUUUGCAUAUCUUUGUUUUGUCAAGGUGAACAAAGUUUCCAAAAUGACUAAAGGGAUUUAGGAGUCUUAGUUAAUUAAAUUACUUGUAAUCAGGAUUCUUAUAAGUUUAAGUUUUAAUCCAUACCUUAAGCCUAAGUCUUAUUAAAUUGCUCUUAGGUUCACUUGUGUAUUUCAUUAACACUAAGUGGCCUAUGUUAAUGCAAAGAUAUUCACACUAAUGUUUAUUUUUUUACAUAAUAGACUUCAGUAAAAUUAACCAUGUUUGUGUAUUUUUUGCAGAAUUAAAAAUUUCUGAACAUAUUGUAUAAUUUUCCCAGUACCCUAUCUUGUUUGUCUGUCUUUUUUUAUAAUGAAUAACAAUACUGAUUACCAGUGAUGCCUUUCAUUAAUGUCGCAUUGUCAUUGCCAACUGUACUGUUUGAAAUUCUGUGGCAUUUUCAUCUCCAUGUUGGUUUGCUGUAAAGCCUGUAUGCACUGUAUUUUCGGUACUUUGGAAAUAUAAAUUGUACUAAAUUUGUGUUAACUACUUAUUUUUCUUGAAAAAAAUAAAUCAAUUCAUAUUCUUCCUGA